AUGCCAAGCCUCUUCGGUAAGCCCGGCAAGCCCGGGCCCACCGCCGGCCGUGCCAAGCCCCGACAGAAGUCGAUUCGGGGAACAAUAUCGGCCCCAAUCCCCAUACCCUCAACGCCGGACGACGACGAGUUCCCAAUUAGGUUACCAGGGACCAUCAAGGCGUCAAAGAACUCCGAUGACGAAUUCCCGAUGCGCCAGCCCGGGACGGGCAUUGCCUCGCCUGAUCUCCCCAGCUCGUCCCCGGAUGAGGCCCCCGAGCCCCGCACCGAUCUGCCAGAGGAGACUAUCCCCAACCAUCCGACCACACCACCGCCGGCACCACCACCACAAAGCUUUAGCACCCCCCCUGGCCGCUCACCAUCACGGCCUGCUUCGCGGUCUCCUCAAAACCGGCUUGUCUCCCAAAAGACGCCUCCUCCGCUAGCUGACCUCUCGCCGAAAACAUCAGCUCCGACGAGGAGAGCCACAAAUCCCGUUCUGAACAGCGUCAGAUACUCGGUUGUCAGCGAUGUUGGCAGCAGGCAGACAUCCCAAAGUAAAGACGCUCCGCAAAGGAAGAAGUCGACCCUGCGGUCGGCACUGGGAAGAUUAUUCGGGCGAGGCAAGAAGAAGAAUGGCAAUGGGGGCCAUCACAGCACUGCCUCCAUCCCCGAACGGGAAUCCAAACCAAUGGGUUCCGCCCAGCAUCUAAGUGACCCUACCGCGCUUAGUCGCCCGCAACAGAGGUCAUCCCCCAAACGUUCUGCCUCAUUACCCCUGAGCGAGUUUGACCGGCCCUUGCGGUCACAUUCCGUGGGCCCUGACGACAUCAUGGCCAUCGAAAGUGCGCGCAACUCUGUGCACGUCGACCCGUCCGGGUCUUCAACGGCUUUGGGUAUCCGACGGCGCGCUGCGACCACCCACGGCCACGCUCUUUUGCUCCCCCAUCUGGUUAACCGCGAGUUCGGUGCCGGGCUGUCUCCACGGCCGUCCAGUGCUCACGGCCGUGGUAGCCGGGCGGGCGUGCGAAGCGACCCCGAUGAUCCCGGUGAGAUUGGCCGGGCUAUCACGAGCGAUAGUGGUGGUGGUCUUCGGCGGCGGUCCCGGAGUUUGUCAGGGUUGCAGGACUUUGCCGGUGUGAGCCAAGGUGGGAGUCGCCGUCGUAGCGAUGAGAUCCGCUAUUGGCGCGAGUCGUACAACCCGGGGUUUAUGUCGCCGUUGUCAUCGAACACACACGAUGACUACGACGAUACCGGCUUGGGAGAUACGAGUGCACCGGAGAGUCCUGCGGCGGAAAAGCCCCCGAAAACGCCGCCUCAGCCGUUCAACUUUGGUGUCCUUUCCAAGGAGAUGAUGGGGAUGAAGAUCACACACGCUGCGGACAUGGAUACCCGGCUGGCCAAUAUUGAAACCCGGACAGCGCAGCUAGAGCGUGUCGUCGACAAGCUCUAUCUCGCACUCCCUAAUCUGAAAACCCCUGGCGGUACUAGGGACACGACUCGGCCCAGCAGUUCCCGCCGCUCCAUCGAAACAGACACCCAUUCCCAGCUGUCUCUGAGCGAGUACCAGACGUACACCACGGCUCUUCACCCGCUCUCCGCCGCAACUCCCCGGACCAAACCCCCCAUCAUCUCCCCGCCCGCUCUCCCUUCGCCCCGGCCUACCUCGACCGCCACGAUCCGUGGUGCUGCCAGCCUCCCCCACCUCAGUCACGAAGACGCAGGCACACCCCCAACGGACCUCGUCACUAAACUCCGCGCCGAGCUCGACGCCGAACGAUCCGCCCGCGAGGCCCUCGAAGCACAAGUCAAGAAACUCUCCGACCGCCUCAACUCCCUCUCCACAACCAUGUUCGCCAUGGUCCGCGGCCCCUCCGAGUCACGAUCCCACGAACGCCUAAAUUCCCCCGCCUCCUCCUCCAUCGGCGGCAACUCCCCUACACCACAUCUUCCCACAACCCCCAGAUCGGCCGUCCUAUCCGGUAUCCCACCUAUCCCCCCAGUCCCCCGCGAACACCAGCAUCCUCCCCACUCCGUCUUCGAGACAGACGACGACGAUGACGACAACGGCACCAACGACGAGGGACGGUCCACAAAACGGUCCUCCGCCAUCAGGACCACCAUCCCCGCCGCGCCGACAUCCGCAGUCGACGAAGGGGAGAUCACGGAAGAUGAUUUCCAAACACCACGCGAGGAACGCACGCCGCUGGUGGGGUAUGGCGCGUUUGGCGAGGAAUUGAGGUCGGACGAUUAUGGGGAUGAUGACGAUGACUAUGACGAUCAUGAUGAAAACGGAAAUGGUAAUGGUAAUGGAGGAGAUGGGAGUGGUGAGGAGUUGAAGCGGAAGAAGGCGGCACGGACGCUGAGUUUGAGCCAACUUACUUUGGGGAAGGGUCAGCGGACGAGGAUUUGA